UUAACGAAGCGUGUUUUGCGAUAUUAUAUAUUCAAUCUUCAAAUUUUCUCUAAGAAUUUUCUGGCAAUGGCGAUGAGGAAGCCAUUGAUGCAGCGUCUCUUCAACAUCUCGAAGAUGACGUCGCAAAGUCUCAUGAACUGUCGUAUAUCGUCGUCUACGUUGGCCGUGAGGACUCGGAUUCCGAAAGAUCCCAGCGAAGCCGACAUCGCUCCGGAGCCAGGAGACGCCUUUGUGAACCGGAGGUUUCUACACCAGAGCGCCAUGAUCCGGCCGGAGAUUCUGAAAAUUCCGAUGGGAGGGAAUCUCAUGGAUAAGCUCCGGGAGAUGGAUUUGCACGGGGAACGGAUACGGUUGGAUAGACUUGCUCCGCCUAUGAAAUCCGCCGUGGCGAUUUUCGAUGAGGAGGAGGAGGAAACGGCAGGACUGACGGUGGAGGAUGCGAGGAAGCUGCUGAGAGCGGCGCAGAUCGAGGCCGUGAAAUCGAGGCUGACAGAUACCGGGAGAAGCUGGAUUUCGUACGCGGAGUUCGUCGGCGUCUGCGGAGAAGCUUGUUCGGAUCCUGAUCAUGGAUCGCAGAUCGCUAAGAUCCUGGACGAUUCCGGAAACGUCAUCGUUUUGGGGCAGUUGGUCUGCCUCAGGCCUGAUCAGGUCACGAAAUCAAUUGAAGGGCUGCUUCCUCUUCCUUGUCUACACAACCGGAAUGACCCCAGAAGAAAAGAGCUCGAGGAUCUCGAAGGAAAGAAAGCCGUGAUCGACAAGAAAGCCCACGCAUUGGCUCGGAGAGAGCUCUGGUCUGGUCUGGUUUACUUGAUUGUCCAGACCGCAGGUUUUACGAGGCUCACGUUCUGGGAACUCACGUGGGACGUAAUGGAACCGAUCUGCUUCUACGUCACGUCGGCUUACUUCAUUGCGGGAUACGCCUUCUUCCUCACGACCUCGAAGGAGCCCUCCUUCGAAGGGUUUUACCAGAGCCGGUUCGAAGCCAAGCAGAAGAAACUUAUGAACCGUUUUGAGUUUGAUGCCGGGAGGUACGAGGAACUGAAGAAGCUGUUUCCUCGCAAAUUUUAGGUGUCUUAUCUAAUGGAUUAUUGAUUACCAGAUCGAAACCAUGAUCAUGAUAAUGGUGUCUGACUGAAAAUUUUGAAAUUUCGAUAUUGUAGUAACCUUUUUUCUUUUGUUUAGCGUAGGUGCGGCUUUUGUAACAAUCCUGUAAGAGUGCUUUCUCCUUUCCAUUUUUUUUCCGUUGUCCGUUGUAAUUUCUUUUUCCGUGAUCGUGAAUGACCGAUCCAGACGUGAAUCA